AUCGUUUACGACGAACCUUGACCCACCAGACAGUUAAAACGUGUCUUUUAGACAAUUUUCGUCAUGUACGUAUGUUCUUACCACUUGCACGAGAUAGUUGCAAGAUGGCAGCUGUACUAAUCACAGGCUCAUUAGUUGUAGGAAUAUUUUUUCUAAUUGCAUUCCUAUUCAGAUGGCGGAAGAUAGACAUACCUGGACCAAAAGGCAUUCCUUUAAUAGGAAAUGCGCUACAACUCUCCAAAGACCUACCAUAUAUUCAGAUUCAAGAAUGGGCGAAGGAAUUCGGAAAUGUUUUUAAACUCCAACUUUUCAGAGAAGAAGUUGUUGUUUGUAGCGAUUAUGAAACGAUCAUGAUGACUAGGUCAGAUGAUUUUGCAGGUCGACCAAAAUCUUGGCGUUUCACUCUUUCAAUUCCUGGUGGCGAUAAAGCUAUACUCUUUCAAGACUUCAACCAAUCGCUUAAGCUUAUGCGAAAACUUACUGUACGAGGACUCAAACAGUAUGGAGAAGCAUCUGAUCGUAUAGUUGAUAUAUCUCUGGAAUCGAUUGAAGAAUGCAUUACAGAGUUUUUGUCACACAAUGGCGAAGCGUUUAAUCCAAUCAUACCCUUAGACCGAUGUAUCACGAAAUUCAUUAUGAAUCUGAUGCUUGGAGAAAAUGUGGACUUCAUAGAGGAUGAUUUCGUCGCUGUAGAGAAGAUGCAACGUGGAAUGGAACACAUGGCACAAGGGAGUGGCCAGGAGUUGGACAUCUUCCCAUGGCUGCGUCACUUUGGCACAAAGUCUUACAGAGUUUUAAUGGAAAUGAACAAAGCUGGCUGUGACAGCUGUAAGACAUGGAUUGACAGAUAUAGAUCCAAGUCCGAAGAAUCAAACUCGAAUGAUACCAAAUCCAUAACAACUGUAUUAGGCGUACUACUGACAGCUUACGAUGAUGGACUCAUAGAUAUGGACAAUGUCAACGGUGUACUCUUUGAAACCGCUGUAGCAGGUACUUUGACUACCAAAGCACACCUUGACUGUUUCAUUCUGCUUAUGCUUAAUUACCCGGAUGUCCAAGAGAGACUUAUUGCGGAGAUACAAGCUGCAAUCCCUGCAGAUAAAUCUCCAACUCUCGCUGACCGUGAAAAACUGCCCUUCACAGAGGCAGUAAUAUUGGAGAACUUUCGAUUCAUGUCCCCAGCUCCAUUGGGCGUUGCCCAUAAGACCACAUGUAAUACAACUCUCAGGCGAUAUAAAAUACCCAAAGACACACAGAUUUGGACAAACGUAUGGGCAGCCCAUCAUGACCCUCGCUACUUCACUGACCCGCUUACUUUCAAGCCAGAGAGAUUUUUGAACAGUGAUGGCAAAGCUUACAAGCUAGCAGAUGUCAAAUCAUUAUUCCCUUUUGGAGUUGGAAAGAGAUCAUGUCUUGGCGAGAAAAUAGGGAUGGACAGGAUUUUUCUAUUUGUCUCAAAUAUGAUGCACAGAUUGAGAUUCGUCCCCGCGAACAAGAAUAAUAUUCCGUCGUGUGACCUUAAGACCUUCAACACUGCUAUCACUUAUCAAUCGCCUCCAUUCUGUUUGAAAGUAGAACCGUUGGACAAGAAUGGGUAACAAUGUCAAAUACAAAAUGACCUGUGAAUUAAGGCCUAUUUUCAACAUUGCUAUCACUUAUCAGUCGCCUCCAUUCUGUUUGAAAGUAGAACCACUGAACAAGAAUGGCUGACAAUACAAAUAUAAGUGAGCCUGUAAAUUAAGGCCUAUCUUCAACAUUGUUAUCACUUAUCAAUCGCCUCCAUUCUGUCUGAAAGUAGAACCGUUGGACAAGAACGGGUAACAAUGCCAAGUGUAAAGGGAGCCUGUGAAUUAAGGCCUAUCUUCAACAUUGCUAUCACUUAUCAGUCGCCUUCAUUCUGUUUGAAAGUAGAACCAUUGAACAAGAAUGGGUAACAAUGACAAAAAUAAGUGAGCCUGUAAAUUAAGG